AUGGACAAUGAAAACAGUCGACUUGAAAGGAAGCACUUUCUUCGCAAGCUGACUGGCCUCGUUUUGAUUUAUUUGUCAUUGGGAUUUGGUGUCAUCCUAGCCAACAGCAGAAAAUGGCGAGUGUGGGAAUUUGAAGGCAGGAUUAAUACCAUUAUGUUUAUUGGACUUUGGAAAGUUCUUUGUAUUCAUACAUUUAACAUCUCUACAGUUGCGGCUCAAACUGUGAAGGAGCACACUCUGAAUGAGACCUGGGUCAUCCCAAAUGCAAUCACAUAUGGUCAGGACCUGAUCUUGUUGGCUAAUUUUAUGAAGCUAUUAGUCCUGGUUUUUGCCAUGCUGGCAUAUCUUGUCAGCAUGAGCAAAGACACAUACCCACAUUUCUGCCGAUUUAUGUACAAAAUCUGCAGCAUUUUUAUUUUGCUUAGUUCUUUCUGUACUUUGGGGACAGCGAUCUGGAAUUUCAUUGAUGAUAAAUUUGGCACAACCUUUGAAUUUCCACUCAACUUUACCAUUAGAAAAGAAGACCUAACACAUAAGCGAUCCUCUUAUGCGUUCCCUCUUGCAAUCAUAACCGCCUUCCUAUCUGUUAUCAGUGCCCUCAACUUCCUCUAUGACCAGUAUUUAUUAAAUCCACGGUUUAAAGUGAAGCCAUUGGAUGAGCAUGAAAUGUCAGAAUAA